AUGCAGUACGUGUGUACUGUGUGUGUACAAUGCACGCAUUAUGCAUUGCAUUGUAAUGGAAACUUGCGUUGUGUUACGUUACAUAGGUGUGCAUUUUAGGCGAAUCCAUCCGGAAGCCGUUCUUUCGUUUAGAAAUCCGUGUUCUCGUUGUUUUCUGACCAAAAAAAGGUUUGUAACAACGCACUUUGAUUUCAUGUAAUUGUAGCCCAAAUGCUUUGAUGAGGUGACAUUGUCAUAAAGUGGAUUGGAUCAAUUUCAAGUAAACUUUACCUUUCUGUCUCCAAGAGCCAAACCAAGACAGAUUUUCACUGGUAUUAAGUUAUUGCAAUCAGAGGUCCAGUGGACUAGCACUCCUAUCAUCACAAUGGCUACAAGACGCACAUUCAAGAACAUAGUACACAAUUACACAGAUGCCCAGGUCAAAGUUCGAGAUGCCACCUCGAACGACCCUUGGGGGCCCUCCAGUUCACUUAUGUCGGAGAUUGCGCACCUCUCAUACAACGUAAUGGCAUUCUCGGACAUCAUGAGCAUGAUCUGGAAGAGGCUCAAUGACCAUGGCAAAAACUGGAGGCAUGUCUACAAGGCAUUGGUCCUCCUGGAGUACAUCAUCAAGACAGGGUCGGAAAGAGUCGCCCAGCAGUGCCGCGAAAAUAUAUUCGCCAUCCAGACCCUGAAAGAUUUUGAGUUCUUUGAUAAGGAUGGUAAGGACAUGGGACUUAACGUGCGCGAGAAGUCAAAGUCACUUGUGGCUCUUCUCAAGGAUGAUGAACGGCUGAAGCAGGAGAGAGUGAGGGCGCUCAAGGCACAGGAGAGAUUUGCGCAGGCCUCGCAGGGUGUAGGAAGCACAACUCCGGGCACGACAGAAUUGGAGUCGAGCGCCAGCCAUGAUGAAAGUAACCAGUCUGAGAAUGCAGCUAACACUACAUCAGCGGCGACACCCCCCAGAUCCCUGUCCACUGAUAUAGAGCAGGCUCGUCCUCAGACUACUGGCGAAGAAGAACUUCAACUCCAGCUGGCGCUAGCCAUGAGUCGAGAAGAGGCCGAUCAGAAGGAUAAGGAGAUCCGGAGCGACGACAUCAGAUUAAAAAUGGCACUUGAUGAAAGCCAAGAUAAUAAUGUUGUAGGCCAGCCAGCUGCAACCACUUUACUGCAUCUGGCAUCUCCACCUGCACAGGACCCUUGGGGUGCCCCAGCCCCAGUUUCUUCAUCCCCAGCAUUCAACAACACUCAAGCCAACGUCACCGUCAACGACCCAUGGAGGAACAACGCUUCACCUGCCCACAAAAACCCACCACCACUAGGAGCACCUGACUGGGGCUCGUCUCCACCCCUAGCAGCAGCUGCACCGGCCAGUGAUCCAUGGGGUGCUCCCCCACCAGCUCCUGCUCCAUCUGUAGCUCCAGCUGAUCCCUGGGGUGGUGUGGCUGCUCCUGCACCAGCCGCAUCAUCGGUACCUGAUCCUUGGGGUUCCACAGCUCCUGCUGCAGCACCAGCCAAGAGUGACCCUUGGUCUAUGAACGGUGGCGGCGCUGCCCCAGACCCUGAUGCUGAAUUUGACAGAUUGCGAGUGAAUCCCAUGGAGGGAACCGUCAAUGCAGUGAGCAUAGACGAUGCAUUUUUCUCAGCGCCUGCUGCAGCCCCGCCCUCCUACAACAACACAUUUGACAUGACAGGAAUGGACCAAGCACUCGGAGGCUCUUCAAAGAAACCAGAGGAUUUCCUGGGCAAGAACUCCAAACUGGUCAACCUGGAAUCUCUGAUUGGCCCCACCAGGGAGACGGUUGGACAGCCAUCCAUGCAAGGAACCAAUCCUUUCAUGAUGGUGCUUGGAGCAACUCCACCACCUCCUGUAGCAGCAGGUCUCCAAACACCUGUCAACAACCCCUUCCAACAACAGAGGAUGCCAGCUCCUACCAUCAACCAGAUGAGGGCUCAGCCUGUCGUGGAUGUCAACGCUGGCUUUGGUGGAGGAGGAAUGGGUAUGGGUGGGGGUGUGGCCAUGGGUGGGGGCACUACCCUCCCGCCCCCUCUCCUCCCGUCAGGCGGUGGUCUACCCCCUGCCCAGCAGCAAGCACAAACCAAUCCUUUCUUGCUGUAGCAUUGCCAGUAUCAUCAUGAGUAUUACAAGAAAAUGUAUGGUAAGUGUGAAUGGAGUGGACAUCGUAGCAAUUUUACUUGCUGGUUCUUUUCUCAUACAUAUCAUUAACUACAUGCCAAUUUGAUUGUCUAAUAGUGAAUACUAGCAUUGAUGUUCAAGUGAAGAUAAUAUGUUUCUUGAGUGAUUAUAUGAUUAAUAUAUUCUUUAACAAAUCAUUUGUAGUGUUUGUAAAUACCAAUCAAAUGUUUGAAAGCUCAAAUCGUACUGUGUUAAUUUUGUUUUUAUAUAAUUAUAAAUGUAAACUUUAUUUGUAGUGUGAUAUUUUUAGGGAAAGGUAAACACACAUACAGGUUGUAUCAUGACAUUGUCUUUUCUGCUGUAACAAUGUACUUGUAUGGAAUUAUAGAUCUUCAACAGUACAGAGCAGUUUAAGAAUUCAGUUAUCAUUGUAAACUCUUUUUAUAGAUCAUAUUACCCUAGAUAAUUUUUUUUAAAGAUCACUAAUUGUACUCUAACUGCAGCAGAAAGAAAUCAGAACUUAUUUUGUCAGUAUAUCGUAUUUUCAAUUAUUCUAGAGUUAUUUAGAAUCAGUUAUGUCAUUAUAUUCACGUAUUUACAUUGCAUAGUUUUAAGAUAUUGUUUUUCUAAGAUAAAAGCCCCAAAACAAUUAACUGAUCUUGUAAGAUAGGCUAUGGUUCAGAGAACAAAAAAAUUACAUAUGUACAACGUAAUUUGAAAUCAAUCUAUUGUAUUUUUAAAAUUUAUGACCAAAUUUCCUGGACUUGACAAAGUUAUUUUUGCAUGGUCUUGAUGCUGCUAUAUAUUCUUUGUAAAAUAUCUGAAAACUGAAGAAAACUAUGUAGAGAAUAAAUUAUUCAGCAUGGCUUAUUUUGGCCGUAAUUGUUAACAAAAAAUUGCAGAUCCAAUGUUGCUUGACCGUAACAGCAUGAGAAGACACAGAGAGAGUUUGACAUUUUUUUCAACGCAUUAUUAAUUGCCUAGUGGGGGGGGGGGGGGGGUGGCAAGCAAUACUACAAAGCGCUUUAUGCACUUAUUCGUUAUUCGUUAAGGAAAAGGUGCUUUUGGAAUUUGGAAUAAAUCUCUUCAUACAUAUGAGGUACAUUUGCAGAGGACAAGCAAAUAAGAUACAUCCUGAAAGAUAAAGAAGUCGGUCAGUACAUUAUUUUCUGUAUUACAUAUAUCAUACACCUGUACUUUAAUAAGUGCUCUGUGCCAUCUCAAAUUUAUAUGAGCGUAACAUUAGCAAGUAUAGUGUAUUAUUAUGUUGUGAGUAGAAGUUUUCUGUUUCCUUGCAUAAUUAAUAUCAAUAUUUGAUAUUGGAAGUCAUAUUUAAUUUAUUCUUGGAAAGUACACCUUAUUAAGCAAUUAAUUUUCAAUCAGUUUUGAAUAUUUGAUAUUUGAAUAAUCUUAUUAAGACAGAUCAUGAUGAUUUUGUGAACAAGGAAAGUGAUUGUAUCUUCUUUUUUUCUCCAAUUACAUGAACAUGUUUGUAUAGAAACAGGGUGAAAAUUAAAUACUUGUUGUCUUGCAUGUACAUGUAAUGGAUUUGGAAAGAAAACAAGAUCGGUUGUAGAAGAUGAAAAUAAGGCAAUUUUCAGUCUGUAAAUGGUAAUUACCAUUUUAAUUUGAAGAUAGUGGAGGGUAGGUCCUUUUGCGUGAUUUGACACCAUUAUUAAAUAGGGCGAUUCUGUACAAUGUAUCCUGUUCGACAUGUACCAUUUUUCCCAAACGUUUCAUCCACGAAUGACAAAUCCUUUGAUAUGAUGGGUAACCAGGGAUAAGAGAAAGCACUUUUAUUCAGCGGUCAUGUAAAGAGAUUCUUCCUUUUGUGGAUAAAAUGUGUACCAAGGUAGACAAAACAUGUGUCGUAUGGCAUGGAAUCGCUCUAAAUAGAAAGUCUGCUUGAAAGCAUACAAGAUUGUUUUUUAGGACUAUCAGGUCUUACGCAAUUAUUGUAUUAGUCAGCUGUGAGCUGUUUAUCAUAGAAACCAUCUACAGCGACAGGCAGCUGAGAAAUAUCUGUAAUAAUUCUACAUUUUAACCUGUAUAGAAAGGCUGCCCUGAGGUCGUCUUUAUAAAAAGGUGGUGUCUUACAUGUUCUCCCAGACUUGUCUCAAUGAGAAUUAGGGGAAGCAAAAUUAGAGUUUAUAGUGAGGUAGGUGUUCUUUUCUAGGUAGUAGCUCAAGGAGCUCUGAUAGUAUCUCGCAAAUCAAAGCUGAUUGUUCUUUAGCAACCGUGUUUUGGAUGAGCCGAUUAGCGAGGCAAGAUCGUUUUAGAUGCUCCCACCAUGUGCAAGACGUUUGGACAUGCAGGAAUGGGAAUCCCUACAAGUCUUGAAGUGCAAGCAAACUGUGAUGCGUUACCCAAUGGGAUACACUCUGCACCAUCUUUCCAUUGUCCAAGUCUUCGGUGAGAGGCAGUUUAAAAGACUCCAAGAUGACGGGAACAUCUGCUGCUGGUACUGGCGUUUGUGUCUUGUUCCUCGUGCGAAAAAUUGAAAUUGACCGAAGAACAAUUGCUGAUUUCUAGUGAAUCAUCUAGCGUCAGAAAUGUACAAAAAUCUUUAUACAUAAUUACAUAUAUAUGCAAAUCUUUUUAUUUUUGUGAAUUUCUGUAAAAUUCUUGAUGCUCUAUGACUGUGUUUUUAGGUGGUUGGUGUAACUGUAGUAGCUGGGUAUACUUUAAAAAAACAAUACAAAUUGAUGCUGAUAGUACAAUUGUAUCUAUGUUAACUAGUUGUCUUUUGUUUGAAUGCUAAUGGUGAACAAGGUGAAAGUUAAUUGAAAUUCAUCAGUAUUUUUUCAUUUAUACUUAUUGUCUAAUAAAAUAUGUUUGCUUCUCUUCCAUUCGUGGAUAGUCUUCAUUCAAUGCACAUGAUGAUAUUUCAUUUACUCACCUGGUUUUUCCUGCAUAUUUUGUCAAGUAUGUACUAAGCGUAUACUUAAUUUAUAGUUUUAAGCAUCGAUCUUUGUGUCAGCUUUUGGAUAAUUGAAUUACCCUUCAGUGGCUCUCAAAGAUUAGUUACGUGAAAUUUAUAAAUACAUUUCAAAUGACGAAUUUAAAUUGACAAUGUGCACCAUUGGGAUCGGUUGUUGCUGUUACUAAUUCAAAGCUAAACCAGUUGUGUAUAAAAAGAUGGACAGCUUCAAAUUUCAAUUUUUUAAUUGUGAAAUAAUAAGUAAUGUCAUUGCAUUACCCUGCACUGAACAUGUACAGAUGUAAUUUACAUAGUCGCAUGUAUUUGAUUACAUUUCUUUCAUUUCCUCCUCUGACUUUCUAUUCCUUGGGAUGAUUCAGCCGUUUAUCUGCUGAUCGUCUGUGGGAUCAGUAAUGUGGCGUUGAACCUGGCUUGACGGUAUGAUCUAUGGAAUGCCAUGUUUCGAGCUUAAAAAAUAACUUUAAUUCUGCAAGUUCCGGAGCAAGUUCUGUAUAAUUCUGUCCUUUACAAAAAAAAUCCAAAAAGAAAUCCAAAAAAUAAUAUCAAUUUUCAUGACAUGAAUCGAGUUUGUCAUUUCAUUGCAGAAUUAUUGUUAUUUUUAAAGAUGGAAAAGUUGUAUGUGGCAUUCCAUAGAGUUUACCAACACACUCACUAAACAUGUAAUAAUCAGAAACAUAGAAAUUCAUAUUCACUUUAUACUUCUUAGAAAAGUAGUAUGUGAUGCUUGUUAGUAUUUAUUUUACACAUAUGUUACCCAUAAAUUGUUGAGAAGGAUACAAUUGUAAUAAUUUGGUUGAUUCAGUGAAAAGUGUAGUGAUUUAGAGUUUUAUCUAACAUGUGCUUUUCUCAGAAUUGUGCGCAAUCACGAACAAACAUUUGUAUGUGCUCUUGUUUAUGCGAAGGUAACAUUGAUGAAGAAUUAUAUUCAGUGAUUUAGAUUUGAAAUGCCAACCAAGAUUGUUAUUGUAUCUCUUAAUUUGGAGUAAUAUCAUUAUACAGUCAAACCUGUCUAUAGCGACCGCCCAAGGGAAACACAAAAAGUGGUCUUUGUAGACAGGUUCCUUUAGUUCAUGUUUCAAUGAGAAACUAUUUUCAAGGGAAAUAACAAAUGUGGUCUUUGUAGACAGGCGGUCACUAAAGCAGGUUUGACUGUAGCAUGUUCCUGGGUUAGAGUCUUGUGAUCUUAUCAUUAAAAUCAGCUCAAAUGUCAUAGUUUACUCUUCAUUUUUAAAUAAAGAGUAUGUUUAUGCAAAGGAACUUGAUAUUUGUAUAAAAUUUCACCCAAAAGCCAAAUAAUUCAAUUUUUAUAUGCCAUUGAACUUUGGAGGAAGCUACCUUCGCCUGUAUAACCCCAAACAAUCGAGUCCUAUUUUCCAAGUGUUUGUUUAGAAGCAUGGAAUCAUUUUAUGUACGCCAUUUAUAUAGACAUUAAUUGUAUAGUGAAAGUGAGAAAAGUUAUCAUUAAAUAUAUGUAUCAAAUUUG